AUGAAGACUACGAUUCUACUGUUUUGUCUUCUAGGAUCAACUCUGUCAUUACCAAUGCAGCUCAACCCUUCUUUGGUACUUCCUCCAACAAAGCUGGUUCCAGAUCAGGCAACACUGCUAAACCAACAAAAGCCAAAUCAGGUCUUCCCUUCUUUAAGUCUAAUUCCAUUGACACAGAUGCUCACACUAGGGUCAGACCUGCAACUGCUAAAUCCUGCUGCAGGGAUGGCACCUGGUAGCCAGACCCUCCCAUUGACCCUGGGGGGAUUGAAGAUACAGCAGCAGGUGCAACCACAAGUGUUACCAGUUAUUGUAGCACACCUUGGAGCCCAGGGUGUUAUCCUAAGCUCAGAGGAAUUGGAUUCCAGCAACCCCCAAAUCUUAACAGGAUUUAUCUUCCAUCCCUUGUUUCCCGGAGCCAUCCUGCCCACCAAUCAGGCUACUCCAGAUGUCCAGAAUGGAAUCCUUCCUGCAGGACAAGCAGGAGCAAAUCCUGCCAUCCAGGGAACCCCAGAGGGCCCCUUCCCAACUACCAGUGGCACAGAUGAUGACUUUGCAGAGACCACCCCUGCAGGCAUACAAACGGGCACACACACCACUGAGGAAACCACCACAGGGUCACCAAAAGAGAGUGUAGGAAAGUUUCAGGGAGGUAGAAAAGAGUACCAACCGACAACUGUGUCCUUAGAACAUAAUGAAUAUCUCAGAGCCUAUACUUUGAAAUCACCAAACAAGGCUGCUGAUAAUAACUACCCUGUCUCAUACAGUUGA